AUGUACCUGAUCACUGUGUUUGGGAAUCUGCUCAUCAUCCUGGCUGUCAGUUCAGACUCCCACCUCCACACACCCAUGUACUUCUUUCUCUCCAACUUGUCCUUUGUAGACAUCUGUUUCAUCUCCACCACCAUCCCAAAGAUGCUGUGGAACAUCCAGACUAACAGCAAAGUCAUAACCUAUGAAGGCUGCAUCACCCAGAUGUAUUUUGUCUUAUUAUUUGGAGGACUGGGUGCCUUCCUCCUGACUGUGAUGGCCUAUGACCGCUAUGUAGCCAUCUGUCACCCCCUGCACUACAUGGUCAUUGUGACCCCUCGGCUCUGUGGUCUCCUGGUGCUGUCAUCUUAUAUUAUGAGUUUCCUGUAUUCCUUGUUACAAAGCUUAAUGGUGGUACAGCUGUCCUUCUGUCCAGGCAUGGAAAUUCCCCACUAUUUCUGUGAACUCAAUCAGAUGGUCAAACUUGCCUGUUCUGACACCUUCAUCUGUGACACAGUCAUGUAUUUCGCCACUGUCCUGCUUGGUUUUGGUUCCCUGGACGGUAUCCUUUACUCUUACUCUAAGAUAGUUUCCUCCAUAUGUGGAAUCUCAUCAUCUCAAGGGAAGUAUAAAGCAUUUUCCACCUGUGCAUCUCACCUCUCAGUUGUCUCCUUAUUUUAUUGUGCAGGCUUUGGAGUGUACCUUAGUUCUGUUGCUACUUACAGCUCUCACUCAAGUGCAAUGGACUCAGUGAUGUACAGUGUGGUCACACCCAUGCUGAACCCCUUCAUCUACAGUCUCAGAAAUAAAGACAUACAAGAAGCUCUGAAAAUAUUCUUUGGGAAGGAAACUGUAAAAGGAAUAAUUGUCCUGGGGCUGGAAAGCUGCCAUUGA